UCAAUCUCUGAGUCAUUCAAGGAGAAGGAAACCUAUUCUGAGCUUUGAUUGGCUGUUGACCUGACACAGGUGAUGAUGUCAAGACACAUAUUACUAUUUAAAGGGGUGCAUCAGCUGGAGACAGAGACUCUUCACAUGUGGCCCCAAAAGGUUCACCUUUAAAUGAAGAGAGACUAAACUGCAAACAUACACCGCGUGAAGCCGUGGUCAUGAACAACACAACAGAAAUCACCAACACAAAGCCCUUGAAAAUCUUGCUGUCCGUCCUGCCGUGCUUUUUCUUCCUCUACGUAAACGUGGUCAUGCUGUUCACUUUGCACAGGAAGCCUGUUUUCCUCGAGUCCUCCCGUUACAUCCUGUUUGCUCAUCUGCUCCUCACUGACUCCCUGCAGCUUCUGGUCUCUAUUGUCCUGUACAUCUUUGCCGUGGGCAUGUUCAGAGUGUUUGCUCUCGCCUGUCACAUUUCCUCUUUGUUGGCGAACAUCACUCUUAAACUAUCCCCCCUCAAUCUGGCUGUGAUGUCUUUAGAGAGGUAUGUUGCCGUCUGUUUUCCACUGAGGCACUCUGAUAUAGCCACCACCAAGAGGACACACCUGGCUAUAGCCGUUUUAUGGAUAGUGGUCUCUGUGGACUCUUCCACUCAGGUUUCUCUGUUCAUCUCUCUUCAGAAUGAAACAAUGGCCUUGUCAAACACUGUCAUCUGCCACAGGAACAGAAUCUUUCAGAAACAGGUUGAUUCAUUACUCAACAAAGCCUUCGUCGUUAUGUAUUUUGUCUUGGUGAGCAUUGUUAUCAUUUUUACGUACAUUGCAGUCAUGAUGAUUGUGAAAUCAGCCUCCUCUAACGUCCAUGAAGCCACUAAGGCCCACAAGACUGUUCUGCUGCACCUGCUGCAGCUGUGCCUCUGCCUGGUCUCUCUUCUCUAUAACAUAAUAAACUCCAGCCACAUGUCGUCCUUACAGGGUGAUGUGGCUAUUCAUGUUCACUACGUCUUAUUUGUAGGUUUUAUCCUUUUCCCCAAGUGUUUGAGUCCACUCAUAUAUGGCCUCAGAGAUCACGCCUUCAGGAAGGUGUUCAAGUAUUAUUUCACCUUCGGCCUCUAAAUCACUGUGCAGCCAUUUAUCAGGACUGGAUGUCAAACACCAACUAACUAACUAACUAACUAACUAAUUAAUUAAAGCACUUUCCAAUCACCACUUUUCAGUUUGUAUAUGAAAUAUACAAUCUACUAUUUCAAUCUACCUUUCAUCAUGUGUCCAUAAAAAAUGCAAACAUUUUGAUGUCAGCAUUAUAUUGUUUGUAUAAUGUCAGUGAAAAUAAAUAGGAAAUGAGUAGAAAUAAAUAAUUAUCAUCAUCAUCAUCUUUUUGAAUCUUACCUCUUUGUAAAGAUCUUUUCAUCUUUGACAUAUGUUUUUUUAAGGUUUUUCAUUACAAUAUACAUUUUUCUACUCAUUCUACAUCAUUCAUUUUUUUAUUCUAAUAUUAUUUAUUAUUUAUACGCGUUUGUACUUCUAUGUCUUAAAUACAUGCAUGUCUUUAAGUGAAAGUAAGUCAUGUAAUGAGCUACGGCCUCUCAUAUAUAAGGAUGGUCUCAUACAUAUACAUACAAUAACUCGUCAUGUAUCUAUAAUCUAUGUGGCAAUUUCCAUUAAAAUUGAGUAUAAAUAAAUCAUUGAGUAUCUGACUUCUUGUUUUCACUUAGCUCCGUGUUCUAAUUUGGCUUCAGUAAUACAGUGAAAAUGAAUCUGCAAUAAAAGAAGAAUAAGGAU